AUGGGGCGCGUGAUCCGCACCCAGCGUAAGGGCCGCGGCUCCGUGUUCAAGUCUCACAACACGCACCGCAAGGGCGCGGCCAAGCACCGCGUCUAUGAUUCCGCCGAGAGGCACGCCUACAUCAAGGGCGUGGUGGCGGAGAUCAUCCACGACCCCGGGCGUGGCGCGCCCCUGGCCAAGGUGGUGUACCGCGACCCGGUGCGCUACAAGCUGCAGAAGGAGCUGACCAUCGCGGCGGAGGGCCUCUACUCUGGCCAGUUUGUGUACGCCGGCAAGAAGGCCGUGCUGUCGAUCGGCAACACCCUGCCCCUGGGCGAGAUGCCCGAGGGUACCAUCGUGUGCAACGUGGAGGCCAAGGUCGGCGACCGCGGCACCCUGGCGCGCUGCAGCGGCGACUACGCCAUCGUGGUGGCGCACAACCCCGACUCGGGCAUCACGCGCAUCAAGCUGCCCAGCGGCUCCAAGAAGGUGGUGCCCAGCUCGUGCCGCGCGACCGUCGGCCAGGUGUCCGGCGGCGGCCGUACCGAGAAGCCCAUGCUCAAGGCCGGCCGCGCCUACUGGCAGGCCAAGGCCAAGCGCAACAACUGGCCUGUGGUGCGCGGUGUGGCGAUGAACCCCGUGGAGCAUCCCCACGGUGGUGGUAACCACCAGCACAUCGGCCACGCGUCCACCGUCAGCCGCUGGGCCGCGCCCGGCCAGAAGGUCGGCCUCAUCGCCGCACGCCGCACCGGUCGCCUGCGCGGCACCAACGUCGUCAAGCAGGACAAGGAGUAG